AUGUUGCCAUUUGUGCGCCGUAGUUGUGGCAUAUCUUCAAGGAUUCCAGAGGUCAGAAAAAUACAUUAGGGAGGUUUUCCUACUAAUAUACAUUCUUCAUCUUAUCUAGUAUACUAGAUGUUAAAGCUUGCACUAGAAAUGCUCCAUGGUCGUUUUAAUUUUACAGGCUUUGAAAUGGACCAGACAUAUCCCCGUUGUCGGAACUAGUAUUACUAGAAGUUAUGCAACUGAAGGUAAACUUGCUGUUAGUUAAGCUUAUAUGUGAUCUCUAUGGUUAUGCCUCAAGUUUAUAUAGUAUGUUGCUAAUUCAAGUUUGACUUGUUACAACUAAGCUUACGUAAUGUCUGCUGGCUAGAUAUUGGAAUAUUCAGGCACUUUUCUGGGUUCAAUUUAACGAAACCUUUACAAGUGUAAUUUACCAGUGUAGUUAAUUUAUGAGACUCUAAAACAACAGCUGCACUUGUAAAUUACAUUUGUACAAUUUUUUUUUUAAACUGAUCCUCGGAAUGCUAGCUGCUACCCUGGUCCAUGGCCGGGUGUCAUGCUUUUUCAAGUAACUACUACCAACUUGGUGGCUACAUUUACAGCCUUUGUGGCAGUCUAAUCAAGCCCUUCCAUCUCAUUGUUGUCCGUCCACACCAAGACGGUGCUGUUGACCAUAGUGGCAGUUGCAUCUUUAUUCUUCAAUGGCAUCUUGUUUAGUCAUCAAAAAUGGGACAGCAGAUGGUCAAAGUAGGAAGUAAUGAAGCUGACCAGUAGCUGGGUAUUCUAGAUUCUUUCUUGGAAACUGGAUCACGUAUUUUAUAAGAUGAUAUUUUUUGAUGAUUGCUUUUUUUAAUCACUCUAAAAGGGAAGAAGUGGGGGUGCCGGUUAUUUUAAGUGAGGGGAGGGGUUAUAUUUCACUCAAACUAAGGGCAUAACAGGAGAACAAUCCAAAUGAUUGUUUUGACUGUUUUUUUUUUCUGUCCAAAUCCCAGGGGGGGGGGUGUACUCAACAAAUUUUUAUACGGGGAGGCUCCACCCAGAGGUCCAACCUCUUGCCCUUUUUACGUCAUUUAGAACUUUGCAUCCCUUUCAACUGCUGUAAAUGCAUUGUCAUUUAAAUGGGAGUCAAUCAAAAAACAGAAUGUUUUCCCGACUUUAUAAAGCCAUAAUAUUCAUCUGUUAGCCCUUUGGGCCCUUUCACAGACCCAAAUGACAGAUUCCCCUACCCUUUCAUAUACUUCCUACCCUUUCAUAUACCGGCAGCCUGAAAAAGGUGCCCCUUUCGGGCGGUGCCUCCCCGUAUAGGCCAUUAUAGGGUGUACCCCCCCCCCUCUUCCUGGGUCUAUAUUACCUGGUAGUUGACUUUUUGCGGGGGAACUUUCAUUCUUUUUUUAAUUGACUUGGCUGCAAACUGAGAGAUUUGAGUUUUCUUUUUGAUGACCACAUAAUAAUAUUUUAUUGUUGAGAGGAGAUUUCUUUAAGAAGCUUCUGGCCUCUGAACACCUGCACUUCUUUAAUUCUUUUAAGGUGAAGUGGAUCUUGUGGUGAUUGGUUCUGGUCCAGGAGGAUAUGUAGCAUCAAUUAAGGCAGCUCAACUUGGAAUGAAGGUAUGUGUUGAUAGCAUGAUAAUAUGCUGUAUGCAUGCUUAAUAAAGUCUAGUUUGUACUAGUGACACAAGCAAAAAAGCAAGCAAUUAAUUUUUUACAUAGAAAAUGACUUAGAUGCCAUUAAAAACUAUCACAGUCGUGUACAAGAAUCAAAAUUUCUCAAAAAAACUUUUCCCCAAAUUAAGGCGAAAAGCAAGAGAACUGGGGUGGAGAGGAAGUAACAGUAAAAGAUGGGGAGGCAGGGAUCUUUUUUGUUUUCUGUCCAAACGUUUACACUUGGCCACAUCCAAACUUGCAGAGCCUUAAUUUGGCAUUAAAGGAGCAAAAGUCAGUACAUGUUUAGCUAGUGUUUGAUGUUUUGGUAAGUUCUGGUUCUUUUUGGACAGAUAGUAGCCAAAAACUGGCUUGACUGGUGUCAAAUUAAGUUUUAAGGCAAAAUUUUCAGCUCAAAUGGGUUAAUCUUAGCUUUUCCUCUUUUUACAGACUGUGUGUAUAGAAAAAGAAAAGACUUUAGGAGGAACAUGCCUGAAUGUCGGCUGUAUACCAUCCAAGGUAAGAAACAGUUAUUUGUGGUACAGCUCUCCUGUGAACCAGGACCAGCUUUUUAUUCUCUUCAGGAACAGCCAAUUUCACCAGUUAUUUAUCAAAUGUAACACAGGUAAUCAACUCAGUAAACUCAAAAAUGGUGAAUGUUCCUUGCAAAUGUGAUUCUGAGCAUCACCUAAGGACACAAAUGCAACAAAAAUGUUUUCUUAAUCUCUCUUAGGCAUUGUUGAACAACUCACACCUAUACCACCAAGCAAAGGCAGAUUUUAAAAACAGAGGAAUAGAGGGUAAGUACCAAAUCAAAAUGUUAUGUAUUAUUUACUUGUUUAUUUUAUGGCAAUGUACAACAAAUAUUUGUUUGUUCAAUUCAUGCUGGCUGCCAGCUGCAACAAAAAGAUUGUUGCUAUUAUACAUUUAACAAUAUUUUUGAAAAGUAAUCCCCCCUAUUGACUUGACUUCAAAGACAUCCAUUGAGAGAGGAAAUCUUAAAUCAGUAGGCUUCUCAUCCACAAAAUCAUUUUUGGGGUGGGAAUUGGGACUGGAGGCUGGGAGGUCCAGGGGCAGAAAUGUUUUUUCCUUUCUUUCGUCCAUUUUUUCUCUCAAGCAGCAUGGUAUAGUAUUGACAUGUAUGUGAUAAUUUGAUUUGCUUUUUAUAGUGGGUGAAGUGAAAUUAAACCUAGAGAAGAUGAUGGAGCAAAAAUCAACAGCUGUAAAGACACUAACAAAUGGAAUAGCCCACUUGUUUAAGCAGAAUAAGGUACUGUAUUGGCUUUGGCUCCCAAUAUAUUUUAUCACAGAAGUUUCUUUAGUGUUGGCGUAAGGUUCUGGGCCAAUAAUUCCUUCCUUCAGAAUGAGCCCUUUUUUUUGAUGAAUCACUUCCUGUUUUCCUUGCAGGUUACACGAGUUGAUGGACAUGGUUCAAUUUCUGGACCAAACGAGGUGCGUAAAGUUCUUUUUUUUUUUUUAAAUCAGGGCUAUAUUCUAGCAGAGCCCGAGUGGCUCCUGGUGCCCAAGUUUUGCUCUCGGGUGACUAUAAAAUCUUAGUUUUUCCAUACAAAUAAUAUGCUGGGCACCCUAGAUUUAAAAGGUUCACUGCACUGGGCUCCCUUCAAUUUUCCUUUGAGCACUGAGCCUUGCUAAUUAAAUGCAAAUUCAAAUUGAUUUUUUUCUCAGAGUACAUAAAAGUUGAAACUAGUUUGAACAUUGUCAAAGAAGUUGUUUUAUAAUGUAAAUCUCAUAAUUUUUUUUUCAUUAAACAUUGUGGGACCUGGUUAAAUAAUAAAUGUAAAAAAUCAGGGGAUCACAGCCUGUUUUGUUUUACACUCUUAUUUUGUGAGAUGUGGAUGUAUUUUUAAUCUGCAGGUCACUGUAUAUAAAGAAGAUGGAAGCUCAGAAGUAAUUCAGACCAAAAAUAUCCUGAUUGCUACUGGAUCAGAAGUUACGCCUUUCCCAGGAGCUGAGGUGGGAUGUUCCCUGUGAUCCUAUUUAACUAACAAAAAUAUAUUUUUAACUUUCAUUUUGUUGUUUCCCUUUCAGGUUGAUGAGAAAGUAAUAAUAUCAUCCACUGGUGCUUUGUCCCUGAACAGGGUUCCAGAAAAAAUGAUUUUGAUCGGUGCUGGUGUGAUUGGUGUCGAACUGGUUAGUACAUUUUUGUCAGUUAUGGCAAUUUGUACAGCAUGUAGAACAUCAUAUUGCAUUGUUUGGUUUCCAGAGAGGUCUCAGCCACACAUUUCACAAAAAAGAGUUUUCAGUAGCCAUCAGGAAGUGGCAGCUGUUGGUUCUUGCAACUGUCUAGUUCUUCCAUUGAGCACUUUGCCGAUAGGUGUGCGUGCAUAUCAACUGGUAUAUUAUUACUUUUUAAAUAAUUUUCUGUCUAUUUACCACUUAUUUAUGUUGUGGUUAAAACAUUUUGCUAGCAAGGUAAUAUUGUCUAUCAUAAUGAGUUUGAAACAUGGGAAAAUAAAUGUGAUUCUAGGGAGAAAACUGAACUACAACAUAAACCAGACUGUUCUGUAUUCAGGUAGAUUAUGUAUCCAUCCCAGAAUAAAUGGGGUAUUGUCAAGGUUACCACUCAUGUUGUUCUAUUCAACAUUAUCCUAGGCUUGACGUUCUGUAGUCUGUAGAGAGUCUUAUAUUAUCAAGUCAAGUGUUCUGUUAAUUGAAUGUUAGGGCUCAGUUUGGUCUAGACUUGGAUCAGAGGUAGUAGCUAUUGAGUUUCUGGGACAUAUUGGCGGCCUUGGCAUUGACAUGGAAGUCUCGUAAGUUCAUCGUCUGUUGUAAAUUUAUUGCUUUCCUUCUAUUUUGCAGAGUUGUUUUGCUCUCUUAGAUGCCAAACCUUAUACAAUUUCUACUUCUAUAACUCAGAAAACUCUGUAUCAUGAACAGUUGCCUCUUUCCCUUUAGUGCCUGUUGUAAAGAACUCUUACUGUACAUGUCAAUCAUUUGAACUCAACAGUGAUGUGGGGUGUCAUAAAAAUUCCAAUGAUGAUUUUUAAAAAUUACUUUCAUCUAGGUGAGUGAAGUUUGUUAACACUAGAUUUCACUGAUUUUGAUUUUGCAGGAAAAAUUUCCAGAGAAUCCUUCAGAAACAGGGAAUGAAGUUUAAACUUAACACAAUGGUUACAAGUAAGUAUAGUUUGUAGAACAUGUAUAAGCAACUCACAGAAUCAGUCGAUAAAGAUCCCUAUUUAUUUAUCCCGCUAAUCCUCUCAUUCUUUCGUCUCCUGCCUCUCGUACCCCACCCACCCCUAUUGCUUCCACCCCCCCUGUCCUCCCCCGCAACAUAUCUCUUACACAAGGACUUUACUAAUAAUUAGUAAUAAUAAAUUAUUGUGUCCCUAUGGGUAACUUGAAACUUAAGUACCUUUUAAGUAACUUUGAUAUUUUGUUGCAAAUGAGCGUUGAUUUGUUAAUUCCCUUUAACAAUCUGAUUUGACUUUUAUUACAGGUGCUGUUAGAACAGAGGGUGGAAUCAAAGUCAGGUGACAACAACAUCUUUGUUAUACAUUUUUGAUUCCAUUUAGCAAAAUUUUAAAGUAACUGUUUUAUCUUUGUUAUCAUGAGGAGCAGCACUUGGUGGCACUGCACUGUCACCAUAAUCAUCAUCAUCAUCAUCAUCAUCAUCAUUGCCAUCGUCUUCACAGCCAUCAUCGUCAUCGUCAUCAUCAUCAUCAUCACCAGAAACAUCAUUGACACCAUCAUUGUAAUUGCCAUGGUGAUCACUCUUGUCAUUGUUGUUGUUGUUUAAAAUUUAUUAUUAAAAUUUUUUGUUGUUUUUGUUACCAUUUAAUUUCAUCAGAUUUUCCUGUUUUUUGCAGUGUGGAAUCAGCUAAGGAUGGCUCCAAAAAAGAAGAGGUAUGAAUCGCAAAAUAUUCUCCGAUAGAGUUGUUUGGUGAUUCCUUUUUCUUCUGUUUGUUGUUGUUAUGUUCACUUCUCAAAGUACCUAACUGGAGAUGUUUUUGUUUUUGUUCCACAGAUUGAAGGAGAUGUUCUCUUAGUUUGUGUUGGAAGGCGGCCUUACACCAAAAGAUUAGGACUUGAGGCAUGUGUUAUGCAAUACUGUUAAACGAAACAAUAUGCACUUUCAUAUUUUUCUAAAAAUAGUAAAGCAAGAAAAAGUGCGAUCGCAGAGAGUCUGGGGUGUUCAUGGUUGAUCUAAUGUGUUUUUCCUAGCGGUAAUUUCUAAGUACAUUUAUUGAUUUCUUUUUCUCAUAGAAAGUUGGCAUUCCGCUAGAUCCGCGUGGCCGAGUUGUUGUCAAUGAAAGAUUUCAAACUAAUGUCCCUAGGUAACUCGCAACAUUUUUUGUUUAUCAAGUCCUCGUGGAGCUCCUUGGGGACUUCCCUAAUCCGCAGAUUUUUCUAAAUAAUCCUAAACAACAGUGUAAGUUGUGAAUAAUGUGGACGCUUAUAGGUAUUCAGCUCCUUUAAAAAUGUAUGCUCUUAACAGACGACUUUAACGUCUCAGACAUUAAAUGCGUCUAGUAUGAAAACAGGACGCCGUAAUCUGGGACGCAUUUAUGCCCAGUUCGUCCAGAAAUGACUGGGAAUAGUCAGUGUUUUGUAUUUUUUAGAAAAAUGUCGGUUUUUUUUUUCACUGCUGUCGUCUGCUUUUAUGCGUCCCGUUUUUACACCAGUCGACUUUAACGUCUCAGACGUAAAAUGCGUCUUGACAAACUUAGAGUCUCUUGCAAAUUGAUUCUUUCGUUUUAUUGUGAUUGUUUUCAGUAUUUAUGCUAUCGGUGACUGCAUUCACGGACCGAUGCUGGCACACAAAGCUGAAGAUGAGGGUGAGCACUAAUUUGGUAACGUCUCUUCGUCAACAGACAGUAUCAUUUUGUUACUGUGGCCAAGAACAUCAUAGAAACUUAACCAAAACACGGUUUGAGUAAUUUGUCCAAGAACAACAAUGGAGGUCACAAUGGAGAGCACGGGAGGCGCACUGGUGAGAGUACUCGCCUGCCACCAAUGUGGCCCGGGUUCAAGUCCUGGCGUCGACGCCACAUGUGGGUUGAGUUUGUUAUUGGUUCUCUCCCUUGCUCCGAGAUGUUUUUCUCCGAGUAUUCCGGUUUUCCUCUAUCCCCAAACUAACAUCUCCAAAUUCAAAUUCGGUCUGGAAUGCACGGACACGUUCCUAAGAACUCCUAGGUGCUUCGUGCUUCGUUAUUCGGCCACGAGAGAGGGCUAACUGUCGGAUGUUGUUUUUCUUUCCGACACCGGUUAAAAGAAAGACAUGUCAGGCGAAUUUCUUUGUCUUCAAGCUUUCCAAAAAUUCAUUCACAUAGUCAUGAACGGUGACUUAGAGCUAGCCUGCGUAGCCUGCGCGCGGGAGACACUUCAAAGCGCCUGCUACGUAGGCUAGCUUAGAACCUAAGUUACCCUGAACAUUUUUUUUUCUCUCCAGGUAUAAUCUGCGUAGAAGGCAUUGCGGGCGGCGCUGUUCAUAUCGAUUAUAACUGCGUACCAAAUGUGAUUUACACACAUCCUGAGGUGGCUUGGGUUGGAAAAACAGAAGAAAUGCUAAAAGAAGAGGUAUGGCUUUCUUCUUUGGAGAACCAGAACGCCUUCUUGCUUUCUUUUUUCCUUCUCUUUGAGAGGGGGCGGGGGGCAUUUGAAGUCAACUUUCGCCUUAGUUAAACCUUCCUCAUUAAUUAAUUAUGCCGGUGGACGAUAUUGACCAUCAAUAGAUAACUCUAAUGUGUCCUUCUGAAAUCGUGUAUAGCCAGCUAAUGUCUAAUUACAUUGCCCUGGGGCUAUGAGAAGGAGAAUUCAGAAUUUGCCGUUUAAAAGUGUGUUGAAUCUGCCAUUUCGAGGUCUGGGUCGGUGCUGUUUCGAUUUGAACUUUGUGACUCUUUUUGGGGACGAAUUUUGACCCAGCUUCCGAGUGUCCCUAAAACAACCCCAUAAUGCAGUGCGACCAAACACCAGUCACGCAACGUUCAUGGGAGGAGCGUUGCAUGGCGGAAACGGCUGUGUAGCAGACUAACCAAACACUAGCCAGCCCCGAAAGCUACCUCAAGAUCGCCAAUGGAAAAAGUUGCCUUGGGUGACUAAGUCUGCCUGUGACUAAGUCAGCCUGUUUCAGUCCUUGAAAAAUUCGUCCUCGUCCUUAGUGAACCGCUUUCCAACUGACCUUACACCUUUGAUCUUGUUGUCAUUUUUUUUUCAGGGUGUUGCGUACAAGAUUGGAAAGUUCCCUCUCUCCGCAAACAGCCGCGCACGAACAAACGCCGAGAUAGAUGGUAUUGUGAAAGUGCUGGCUGACAAGGAGACUGACCGCCUUCUGGGAUGUCACAUGAUCGCGCCCGCUGCUGGAGAACUGAUCAACGAAGCCGCACUUGCAAUGGAAUAUGGAGCAUCUAGCGAGGACAUCGCGCGCGUGUGUCAUGCUCACCCGGUAAGAACCAUUUUUAAAAGACAACAGUGACAAAACUAAGUUUUUUGUCAGCUUGUCUUUCAAACUUUUUCUUUCAAACAAUUUUUAGACAUUAUUUGGCUCGUAGAAAUAUAAAUGUUUGUGAGAGGCUUAGAAUCGCGUUUUCGGUAAACGACAAAUGUUAGAUUCAAGCUGACAAAUUCUUAAAUUUGGAAAUAAGUACGAUAAAAACUAUCCGAGAUAACUUAUGUGAAACUACCUUCCUACUUCUGUUGAUAAAUAAUCAACAGUUAAUAACGAGUAAAGGGGAAAUUUGGUCACGUGCUACAAACUGACUUUUUCCAAUCAGCCCUAGACGUACUCCCAAAUCCCUUUAAUUGAGUCAGCAUUUGAGAAUGUGAACGACACCCAAAGUGUAUCCGUUCAAAUAAAAGCUACUAAGCAGUACUUCCCUCAAUCCCGUUGUCCCACGUAUUGUGCCAUAUAUAUCUUUCUAGUCUGUGGGUAAAGUCCUAUAGUGAGGGCAUUCAAAUUAAAUGAGCAAUUGUACUCUCCUUUACUGCCGUUUAUUAUGUUGUGUAGAGCGAUUUCUACACAUACCCCUGUGAGUAAACUAAGUCAGUGAUUUGAAGUGAAAGUUAUCAAGCAGUUUUUUCAUCGAGCGAUAUUUGUACUAACUGCGUACGUUUUUAUUGCAGACUGUGUCAGAGGCGUUGCGGGAAGCUAACAUUGCAGCAUACGCAGGAAAAGCUAUUAAUUUUUAGAAGAUCACGGUGCAUCAUGGAAUGUCAUUGUGUAAACCUCGCUUAUGAAGUGAUCAGAUGAACUCGAGAGAAAGAUAAGACAGCCAACCCGUGAAAACGUUGUACAGUUUUUAUUUCAUAGCUUGCUUGCUGUUAUCGCAAGAGUGAAUAAGUCUUCAAAUUAUCGAAUAGCAGGUCAGAAGAAAAGUUUAAAGAAAAAGAAUGAAAG